GUUCUAUCGGCCGCAAACCGCACUGCCUACGUCGUCGCAAUCAUGAACCCUGAAAAGAACCUUCCACGAUUCGAAUGUCCCGACUUCAAUCCUUUGAGAUACGAAUAUCUCGCGGUCCAAGACGAUGAUGGCGAUGCUGAUUCAUCGGGGAUCCAGCACUUCUUUGCCCUCGAUCUCCGCGAAUGCCUUCAUCUACUGCCGCGCUUCAUCGGAAGCAUCGUAGAAGCCAUCCGAUUCUUCGGUCCACAAAGCUGCGCGCUCUCCAUCAUUGAGGGUAACUCCCAUGACGGCACAGCUGAGGUCCUGGAGGCAUUGCGCCCGGAGCUUGAUGCCCUGACCAAAACGUACUACUUCAAAUCGAGCGACAUCAACCCGAAGCAAGGAGCUCGCAUUCAGAAGCUCACCGAACUCCGCAAUCUGGCGUUGCAACCCAUGCUCGACCCGAAGAACUCGAAGCUCUAUCCCGCCGAAGCAAACGCGACUGUUAUCUUCCUCAACGAUGUUGCCGCUUGCACAGACGAUAUUCUUGAGUUGGUCCAUCAGCGUCGCUUCCUCGGUGCUGACAUGACAUGCGCUAUGGAUUGGACCUAUGUCGGCCGCGACCCAACUUUCUAUGACGUAUGGAUUGCGCGGACGUUGGCGGCAGGUGAUUCGUUCUUUGAGAUUCCGCCCGAUGGCAACUGGAACUCUGCCUGGAACCUCUUCUGGAACGAGCCCACUGCGCGUGAGCGCUUCUUUGCCCACCAGCCCUUCCAGGUCUUCUCGUGUUGGAACGGCGCCACCGCUUUCACUGCAAAGCCCUUCUUGGAGAAGAAGAUCGCUUUCCGAGCUCCGAGAAAGGGUGAGUGUAUACAAGGCGAGCCUCAACUUCUCUGCAAGGACCUCUGGUGGCAUGGUUAUGGCAAGAUUGCCGUGGUGCCGUCGGUCAGUCUUGAGUAUUCAGACGAGAGGGGAAAGCAAAUUAAGGAGGCCCGGGACUUUACAACCCAGUUGGUUGGAGGGGAAGGCCAUGAAGAUGAUGCCAUUCAGUGGCAGGCGAGCCCUCCAGAGAAGGUUAAGUGCAUGUCCGACUAUGGCCAUCAGUUCUCUAAAGAAUGGAAUAAGACCCAGGUAGGGGUAUAA